AUGUUGGGGCCGGCGGAAAGGGUGAAGGUGCACACCCGAUGGCCGCUCGGUCCCGGUGUCCCAGCCCCAGCUUACCCCAGUCUGCGGCGGGAUGAAGCGGGUGGCUCCAUUCGGAUCGGCCGGCGGCCGCGGGAGGGCUGCUGCCCGGGGAGGAGGAGACCGGAGAAGGGACGAAGCACUCUUCCUCAGUGUGAGGGAGCGGCCUGUCUGGGGAUGGCGGAGCGGGUGCCUGCCCUCAUGAGGCACAAAUCCUCUUGGAGCGGCAGUAUUAUGCCUGCUAGUGAAAAAGAUGAUAGUUCAGUUGACUACAGUGGAGCUGCAGCUGUUGAAGAUGUGUCACUGUUGCCAAAUACACAUGCAAACCAGGAAAGUGCUGCUAGUCCAUUUCUCAGCAACCAGAACGUUUUAGCUUCUUCCAUUCUCAGCACAGUGACGAAAAGCUCAGCCUGUUCUAGUACCACUAGCAGUCCACCCAAUAAUAUCUUCUGUUCCAAAUAUGAAAUACAUACUGAUUCUGAGAAGGAAAACGUGAGUGGUGCUGGCAAAGAACACAUGGAAAACAUUCUAGAAGAAUACUCGCAGAAAGGUAGAGAUGCGCAGAAAAGGCUGAAUGAAACUACUGAGCUACAUGAGCAACAGAAAAACAACUUAAGGUUGAUCAUUGCUGAUUUGCAGACCAAACUGAUGGAAGUGCAGUUGGAAAGAGAUGUGCUUCAGGAUGCUAGACAAAAGGAAUCUCAGAGCCAAGAGAAUAUCAAAAUACAGCUAAAAACUACUAUUAAAAAACUGGAAGCUGCCGGCCACCUGCAGGAGGAGAUGCUAAGGGAGGCUGACAGCCAAACUGAACAUCUGGAAAAGAUGGUCCACAGCCACGAAGAAGUACUUCUGGAACUCCAUGGCAUCCUCAUGGACUACGAAGACAGCACAGGCAGGAAACUCUGUGACCAUGAGAACAUUACUAGCAGCCACAUGCACAGCCUGAGCACAGGACUUGCUGACGUACUGCAAGAUUUAGACUCAGAGGUGUCAUACCUCAAAGAAAAGGUUGCCCUGGUAGAAGAAGAACUUGAGUCACUGAAGAAAGAUUCACAAACCCCAAAACAGCUACUUCAGCAACACCAAAAUAGGUACCUUAUUUUCUUUUGAAAUAAGAUUGAGCAACUAGUAAGUGAGCAUGAACAGGAGGUGGCAGCACUGACUGAUAAAGCCAAUGCAUAUAGCUGUGCAAAUAGUAUGGAAAGCCAGAUGAAGAUCAUUCAAGAACGAACAAGAAAUCAGAAUUCAGUGCAUGCACAUCAAGUUAGUCACUUGGAAUCUGCAGUUUGUCAGCUGCGUUCUGAAUUACAAGAAGUUAAAAGUAUAUAUGAAGACAAGGUCAAAGAUCUUGAAAAGCAGUUGCACCUAGCUCGUUCUGAGGUGGCAGAAGCUCAGAUAGGACAGGAUCAAAGCAGCCAAGAAUCUAGAUAUUUGAAUAACACGACUCAUCAGUUACUGGGAUGUGACUUUAAUUUCUUGUAACUUGAACUGCGUAAAAAAGAGAUAGAACUAAGUCUAGAAAAAGAGCAGAACAAGCGAAUCUGGGAUCAGAACACAGACAGCAGCAUCACCAUUGACCAUCUAAAGAGACAACUAGAUAACAAAACCAAGCAACUGCAGUGUAUGGAAAACACAGCAAAGGAAAUGAGGACUGAAUGUCAGAAACAAAUGGAGUACAAGAUGGCUGCAAUUAAGGAAAAAAAUGAAAGCAUUGGAAGAAUAUCCUCAUUGACUGUCCAACUGGAGUCAACCAAGGACACGCUCCGUAAAGUUAAAGAAGAUCUUACAGCCAAACAGAUCGAUUUGGAGAUUGCUGAGAAAACUGUGUCAAAUCUGACAGCCUGUCUGCAGGAGAAAGAGAGAGCCCUUGAGGUUACCAGUGAGGAAAUUGAGAAACUGCAUUCACAACUUAGCAGUAGGAUACAAGAGUUCCAACAUCUCAAGAAUGAAGAGGACCAUUUAGAUCAUGUGCAGUCAGAGUGUGAAGCACUGAAACUGCAGAUAUCAGAGAAGCAAAGGAUUAUUGAGAUCUUCCAAAAGCAAAUUGAUAUCAUGACCCAGAUUGUGGGCCAGCACAGUCGAGCUGCUGGAGCAAUAGAAGUUGAGAAAUCCCAGCUUAUAAAAGAAAUAGAUGACUGGAAACUGAAAGCAGAAGAACUGAAGAUUGCAAAGGAUGAGAAAGAAACCAGAAUACAUGAAAUGGAAGCCAGACUGAGUGAACUGGAACUGGAGAAGGUUAAACUGGUUAACACCUGCACUGAGAGGCUCCAUGCACUUAACAAUAUGAAACUGGAAAAAGACCAGCUAAUGAAUGAACUUGAAGCCAGUCGGGGUGAGCUAGCUGGCCUUGCAGAGGGAUUUGAAGAUUUUAAGAGGGACUACCAGGAUAAAAUCAAGGAGAUGGAAAAUACAGCAGACAGACUGAAAAUGCAGUUGAAAUCUGCCCAAGCUGAAUUGGAACAGACCAGGACUGCUCUAAAGGCUAUGGAAAGAUACGAUGGCAAUGCUAUGAAAGUUGCAGUGGGAAUGCAGAAGCAGAUCACAGCGAAGAGAGGACAGAUGGAUGCAUUACAGAGCAAGAUUAAAUUCUUGGAAGAAGCAAUGACAAAUGCAGCUAAGGAGAAGCAUUACCUUAGAGAAAAAAAUAGUAAACUAGGUCAAGAAUUGGGCUAUAUUACAGCAGAAAACAUCAGGAUUGCUGGGGAACUGGAGAUCUUGCGAUCACAAGACAAACUUCUAAAAGAAAAAAUAUCCAAGAUGGAGACAGCCCUUGAUAAGGCAUCACUGCGAUUUACAGAAUGUCAGUGCAUAAUCCAGCGUCAGGAACAAGAAGCAAUUGCCUUCAGACUGCAACAUACUUUAGAUGUAAAAGAGCUGCAGGGCCGAGGUUACUUGGCACCUUGUCCCUCAGGCAAGCUGCGGCACAUAGUGCCCCCUUCCCACCUGCACUCAGCUGUUGUGCCACCUUCCCUGAACUUGGCCAGCUGUGUCACUCAGAUGUCUUCCAAGCCAGACAUUUUGAAGGAUGAACCAUUGCAGGAUCUAAAGAGGAUUCUUCAAGAGUUAACAAGUUCAGGCAAUGAUAUUCCCUCUGUGGAUCUUGCCAAGGAUGGCAGCAAUGGUGGGAGAAAAUCACCUUUAGCAGCCACGCAGAUUGCAGCUAAAGACUCUGCUACUGAAAACAGUAUGGAAAAAGAUGCUUGUGAAUGGAGUCCUUUGUGCUUCCAUAGAGCAGACCUUCAGUCACAAGAUGUUACCCUGCCCUUUACAUCCCUUGGAGGUGCAUCCAUCUUCUCACCAGCUUCUGACUACACGUCUGCCCCCAAGAAGUCUCCAGUACACUUGUUGUUAACUGCUCCACUGGAAGACCUUGCAGCUGGCUCCAGUGCCUCACCACAGAACAGACCAUCUGCACAGAAGGUCUGCUCUCCAGAGGGUGCAGCCACAGUUCCCCAUAUAAACACAUCACCAGUGAUCAGAACUCAUGAAGUGAAAACAGAGAAAGCAAAGGAAAAGAAGAAAAAGCUAUAAAAGGGAAGACGCCUUGUACAUUAAGGAUUACUUUCAUGUAUGUACAUUGUGUUUAAGUUAUAUUUUUAUAACUUUUUAUAACUUUUAUAUAAUAAAAGAUCCUACAGUUUUGUCAUUCUUGCCUGGAACCAUGACACUCUUUACAGUUUUUAACUUUUCAAUGAGUGGGACAUACAGAGUACAAAUAUAUGUAAAUACGGACUCAUUCACUGGCACACAUUUUCA